GUCCCAGCCCCUGAAGGUGUCAUAACUGUGCUCUCUCCCUCUCGCUCUCUCUAUCACCGCCUUUCAGAUCUUUAAAAGCUGCUGCUUGCUGCGUCUCUCCCUCGUUCUCGGAUCGUAUCCUCCGGCACUGCGGUGGGACUCCUGGCCGCUGUGCAACUGAGCAGGCUGAGCACCAAGCAAAGCUAAGGAACAGGCAAAGAGCACAGAGAGGUGGGGGGGGAAGAACGGAGACGGACCUCCAGAAAUAGCAUCAGCCACGUACAACAGGAGAGGGAACAUGGACAACCUGAGACAGGAACGCAAGAUGCCUUCCCUCUCGAACUUGAUGACCAUUGUCCUGUUGCUCAUCACCCACUGUGGAAGCUGGACUCUGGCCAACCGCUUGGGCCCCCACAAGGUCUGCCCAUCCUGCAAGGACCCAAUGGGCGCGGGCCGGGCCUCUCGGGAGCACGCAGGGGGGUCCUCGGCCAGCACGGCCGCCCUGGCGCUGGGGGAGCCCUGCGGGGUGUACACCCUCGGCUGUGCCAAGGGCCUACGCUGCAUGCCUCCGCCGCGCGAGCACAGCCCCCUCCAGGCACUGCUGCAGGGCAGGGGCUUCUGCAUCAAGCACAGCAGGGCAAGUCCCACGGAGAGACCCCACCUCGCAGGUCCCCAUCCUUCACACAGUGGUGAAAUAGAUAAGGCUCCGUGCCGGAAGCUACUCAAUGCCAUGUUGCGGGGACUCGAGCUCACUGUCUUCCAGUCUGACCGUGACAUCUACAUCCCCAACUGCGACACGCGCGGCUACUACAGGAAAAAGCAGUGUCGGUCCUCCAAAGGCAUGCAGCGCGGCCACUGCUGGUGUGUGGAUGAGCUCGGCGUUGCCGUGGCGACACGUGCUGGCGAGGACGGCGCGUUACCGUGCGACGGCGAGUGAGGGCGGCCUGCAGCCCCACGACUCUGAGCCAGGAGGAAGAAGAGGAAGAGGAGAGGCACCUAGGAAGAGGGGAUGACAAUUAGCUUGCGCUAGACACUGCCUGGUCAGGAGACUCCAGGGAUAGACCACUUCAUAGGAGGAACCAAUCACCCCACCCCACCCCACCCCGCGCCAGAGCUCCGCCACUAAACUGAAGGUUCAUUCACUGCCAUAAGCACAAAGCCAAUAACUGCUCAAUCAUUUCUGUGUGUAAUAAACUAGGUCACUUCAAACUGAGAGUUCAGUCCCUGGCCCCAUAGUAGAGUCACUUUCUCUUCAAAAUAUCCACCACUGCCUGCGUCUUGUGUCUUUCUCCAUAGGCCGCUAUGCCAGUGUGCUUUUUCCGUGUUGCGUUUAACCUUCCCCACCAUCCCCUCUCCCUCUCUCCAAAGAUACACUGACUAAACUAGACAUAUGAAAAGAAAAUAUACCUUUCCAUCUAAUUUAUUCUGGAGUAUUACUAUAUUUCCUUGAAGCAAUGCAUACUUCUGAACUGUACUUGUUGUCAUGUAAUCACGACAUUGACACAAUAUCCUGUGUGCACAUGAUUUAGGAAUGAUUUAGGAAUGCAUUCAGUCCUUUCUUUUGUGUCAAAGUGACACUCUGACCGCUAAUAUACAUAGUAGAUUGUUUGUACAUAAAUGCAUUUAUUUGUGGUAUAUAAUGCCAUGGGGUGACAGGUUCAUAAGAGCUGAUGGCUGUUACUCUUUCUGAGAAGGCAUAUUUUUAUAUACUUCAAUAUGAUAUUUUAUAUAUAAAUUUUAUUUAAUGAUCUACAAUACCAUGUAUUUUUAUAUUGUCAGCUUUUUCUCAUUGUCAAGACACAGAACCUAUUUUAUUUCAUGAAAAAAGAGAACACCAUGCUUUAAUGUCACAUUUAUGAAAAAGCGAAACAAAAACACAUAUUUAAAUACACCCUUAAGAUAUAUACUGCUGUACAUGUUUUUUUCAAUAUUACAUUAUUUCAUGAUGUUUACUAUUUAUGUUGAAUAUUCAAAAUUGAAAUGUACUACAAUAAUGCUUGAUUUAAAAUAUUUCGAAUUUUGUUCAAAUGACGCAUUUAAGAUUUUCGUUUCAAAGUCUGGUAAUAUUUUCUAAUUUGUGAAUGCAUAGAGAAAACAAAUAUGAUAGUGCUUUAAAAAACAAACAAACAAAAAAAACAUAAUUCAUUAUUUUGUUGUAUCAGUGUAUGUGCCAGUGGUGGUUCCAGGUCCUUGCAAAGUAGACUUUGCAAAAAUGCAAAUUACAAGCGGUCUAACAAAGAAAAAUAAAUAAAAUGAAACAAUAUGGAGAAAAGCACAACCAUGUCAAUGUUAUAAAUGACAAUGUACUAUUAUUCAUUUUGGAGCUUCUAAUUGAAAGGAACUAAAUGUAAGAUGCCUAUAUACUGUGUACCUCAACGUCACUAAAACUGAUUGAAAAGAAACAUUAAAAAUUAUUUUUGUGGCAA